CCGAUUGGCCCGCCCAGAUUCACGUCACUGUCGGCCUGAGUUCGGGACCAGCCGCCCUCCGUCCGGCGUCGCGUACUGGUUUGUGGCGGCCUGGAAUCCGGCGUUAGGGAAGACUGAGCGGACACGGCAGAGACAGAGCUGGUCAGUCUGGCAGGUGAAAGGCGCGGGGCCGGGCACGACUGCGGGAGUGCGCGGCGGGAGUCGGCCAGGCGGGCCGCAGACACCUCGGAGCCCGGGACUCACUCUCCAGCCGCCCGCCGGCGCGAUGAAGGCACUGAUCUUGGUGGGCGGCUAUGGGACGCGCCUGCGGCCGCUGACGUUAAGCAUCCCGAAGCCACUGGUGGACUUCUGCAAUAAGCCCAUCUUGCUGCACCAAGUGGAGGCGCUGGCCGCGGCCGGCGUGGACCACGUGAUUCUGGCCGUAAGCUACAUGUCUCAGGUGCUGGAGAAGGAAAUGAAGGCGCAGGAGCAAAGGCUAGGAAUCCGAAUCUCCUUGUCCCAUGAAGAGGAGCCUUUGGGGACAGCUGGGCCCCUGGCACUAGCUCGUGACCUGCUUUCUGAGACUGCAGACCCUUUCUUCGUCCUCAAUAGUGAUGUGAUCUGUGAUUUCCCCUUCCAAGCCAUGGUGCAGUUCCACCAGCACCACGGCCAGGAAGGCUCCAUCCUGGUGACCAAAGUGGAGGAACCUUCUAAGUACGGUGUGGUGGUGUGUGAGGCUGAUACAGGCCGCAUUCACCGGUUUGUGGAGAAGCCGCAGGUGUUUGUGUCCAACAAGAUCAAUGCAGGCAUGUACAUCCUGAGCCCUGCAGUGCUGCGGCGCAUCCAGCUGCAGCCUACGUCCAUUGAGAAGGAGAUCUUCCCUGUCAUGGCCAAGGAAGGACAGCUAUAUGCCAUGGAGCUGCAGGGCUUCUGGAUGGACAUUGGGCAGCCCAAGGAUUUCCUCACUGGAAUGUGCCUCUUCCUACAGUCACUGCGACAGAAGCAGCCUGAGCAACUGUGCUCAGGCCCUGGCAUUGUGGGCAACGUGCUGGUGGACCCAAGUGCCAGCAUUGGCCAGAACUGCAGCAUUGGCCCCAACGUGAGCCUGGGUCCUGGUGUGGUGGUGGAGGAUGGUGUGUGUAUCCGACGGUGCACAGUGCUGCGAGACGCCCACAUUCGCUCCCACUCCUGGCUUGAGUCCUGCAUUGUGGGUUGGCGCUGCCGUGUGGGCCAGUGGGUGCGCAUGGAGAAUGUGACAGUGCUGGGUGAGGACGUCAUAGUUAACGACGAGCUCUACCUCAACGGGGCCAGUGUCCUGCCCCACAAGUCUAUUGGCGAGUCGGUGCCGGAGCCUCGCAUCAUCAUGUGAGGGUAUGCCACGGGGCUGGGUAAGCCCUUAUUUCUCCAGUGACAAGGGGAGCACUGGCCUGACACAUCGGAAGGCCCUGGACUCGUUGCCAUUUGUCUGGGGAAGACUGGACGAGGCUGAAGCUGUUGGACACCUGCCUUCUCUUAUGGACAUAAUCUGGCAGGAUCUUGCUGGGCACCCCCACAAAGCCCACUCCCUCAAGAAGGGCCGGGCCAGGCCUGUAUGGAAUAAUAAUUUAAUGCUCACUGUG